UGAUUGGUUGUUAUUGUAGGGGGGGAAUGGCAGCUCUCUCACCAAAACAGGCAUAAAAGGCAGUGCGUACAGGAUCAGACACAGAGGAGUAUCCAGUAACCAACUCUGCAGAGCUUUGACAGAGAGCCACUGCCAUCUUAAUCAAACUGGGGGGAAAAAGGCAAGGAAAGAGGCUCAAGAAGACACAAGAAGCUGCCAAAGGAAAAGGAAAACUAAACAGGUAGAAGUCAGUGACAGGUGAAAUUUGCUAUCACUUUUACAGCAACCGAGGCAGUUUUUGGGACAUUUGUGUUGAUUGUGGCAAACAAACAAACACAAAAAACCAAACAUGUCUCUGGAGGUGAAGGAGAAGACCCAGGUGCGUCUAGUGUUUCUUGGAGCAGCAGGAGUGGGCAAGACAGCCCUGAUCCAACGUUUCCUCCAAGACAAGUUUGAGCCCAAACACCGGCGCACAGUGGAGGAGCUGCACAGCCGGGAGUAUGACAUUGGUGGGGUCAAGAUCACAGUUGAGAUCCUGGACACCAGUGGCAGCUACUCCUUCCCGGCCAUGCGCAAGCUCUCCAUCCAAAACAGCGAUGCCUUCGCGCUGGUGUACGCCGUAAAUGACCCAGAGUCACUGGAGGCUGUCAAGAGCCUUCGAGAUGAGAUUCUGGAGAUAAAGGAGGACAAGUACACGCCGAUCGUGGUGGUGGGGAACAAGGUGGACCGGGACGAGGAGCGUCAGGUGUCCAGCGAGGAUGUCCUGUCAACUGUAGAGCUGGAUUGGAACAACAGUUACCUGGAAGCUUCGGCGAAGGAGAACGCCAACGUGGUGGAGGUGUUCAAGGAGCUCCUGCAGCAGGCGAACCUCCCCAGUCGGCUCAGCCCCGCGCUCCGCAGGCGGAGGGAGACCUUUCCGAAAGACACCAACUUCCGGCCACCCAUGAACAAGACCAACAGCUGUAUUCUGUCAUAAUGGGAGACAAAGGAAGAGGAGAGAUGUUUUGUGACCAGAGAUGAAAGAAUGGAGGACAUGUUGUGCUGCUGGACACAGAGAGAGUAAAGAGAAGAGCCUGGCUGACUUCAGUCAGUGGGGGUGUGAAGUGAAGAGCUGCCUGACUGAGAUAAGUGAUUCUGGACACUUCAGGUUUCACAACUGAGAGGAACAGAAACUACAGAGAAAUGCAAUGAGAGAGAACUUAAACAGACUGCCAGUGGAACGAAAGAAGGAAGAUGCAUUAAUAACUCAGUUGUUUACUUGAUGUAAUGUUGUUGCUGCUUAUUUGGUGACAUGCUGCUGGUGUUUAGAUCAAUGUAUAGUUUUUGGCUUUUAAAUGAAAAUGUUUACUUGCAUCAAGACUUAAAAACUGUUGCCAACAGUUUGCUUACUGAUUAAAAGAGCAUAUAUAUUGUGGUAUGUGCAAUAGUUGUAUGUCCCAUAUAAACUGUUUUAAUUUAAUAAUUCAUCUGUAGCACCUCAUGUUUACAAUUUUUUUUGUAUUCAAUUCCAACAUGACAUCCUUGUUAUGUUUCAAAAAGCAGUGAAAUGCAAAUUUAAACUGCAAAUGCACUUUUCAUUUUGAAAUGACCAUUCUUUUUGGUUGUUUUUUUUUAUACAUUAGAUUUUUUUAUUAUACCAUUUUCUCAUAAAUGUUAUUCUACUGUGUAUUUGACAAAUGUAAGUGGGAUGUGGACUGAAAUGUGUAAUAAAAGAUAGAAGCACAAAGAAGUGACUCGUGUGAAAGUAUUUGUUAAUUUAGAUGUGUAGAUUACACAUUAAUUGCUGAGAAGCAAGUUCACUUUUAAGUCAAUAAUUA